GGUCUGCUUGCUGCAUUCACUUUGCAUUUUGCAGAGGCCAUGCAUACUUUGCUGACCAAAAACACUUGCCUGACUUGCCUGCAUCGUUUUGACUCGGAUGAGCUGUCGGCAGCUCAAGCCAUUGAUGCGGAUUUAUGGCAUUCGCUGUUGCAGCAUCUCGACUGGCAGGCAGAUGAAUUCAACAUUGAAUUUCUGCCCAAGCAGUUGUGCCGAGGCUGUCACCAGCAGCUCGUGAGCUUUCGUGAGUUUCAGGAGCGGGCAAAUGCUUGCCGCCAAGAUAUCCUGUCCAUGGUAAUGCGAUUAAAGAAGGAAAUCGUCGAGGAACAACAAAAUGCGGCAUUUGAGGUUGUGUACGAGGAGGCUCUGGCUGAAGACCAGGAGAAGCAGGAGCGGGAGCCAAAGCCGCUGCUCGAGACAACAAGCCAGGAGGAGAACCAGGCUGACCCUAUAGAUGAGCUACCCAAAGAAGAGCUGGAGGCAGUGGUAGAGGAGAUGCAACCCAAUCAAAAAAAGCCGGAGAUGCCCAGCACCAAACGACGCAGCAGAGGCUUAAAGAACAGUUUCAAGUGCAGCCAAUGCGGUCACAACUUUGCCCACAAUCUCACUUUGGACGCACACAUUCGCAAGGUGCACGAGGGCAACAAACGCCCCUUCCAGUGCGAUCGCUGCGACAAGGCAUACAGCUUCAUGAGCGGCCUCUACACACACAUCAAGGAGAUUCACAGCCCAAAGGAGCGCUCCUAUCGCUGUGACCAUCCCGGCUGCGAUCGUGUCUACAUCAGCUGCAUAGCCAUGCAGAAGCACAAGCGAAUGAAGCAUUCCGAAUACGUUGCGGCCCCAGGCCGAAAGUAUGUCUGCGAGCAAUGUGGCGCAACGUUCAAUCAGACAGCGAAUCUCAAAUAUCAUCGACGCACCAAGCAUCCCACCGAGGAUGAGGCGGCAGCCAAUGCGCUAGCCAGCGAACAGUACUAUUGUGAUAUUUGCCAGAAACAUUUCCACUCCCGCUACACACUGAAAUACCAUACGAUGCAACAGCACGGAGGCGGCAAUUCAGACACCUCCCAGGAUCAGCCAACACUCAUGCACGAAUGCAAGGUGUGCGGCCGGCGUGUGGCUAAGCGCUUCAUGCUCAUGCAGCACAUGCUGAUGCACAGCGCGGAGAAGCUGCCAUGCGAGCAUUGCGGCCGUCUCUUUGCCCGCAAAUUCGAGCUGGAAGCCCACAUUCGGGCGGUGCACCUGAAGUUGAGACCCUUCGGCUGCAGUUACUGCGGCGAAUCGUUUGCAUCAAGAAAGACCCAACGCCAUCACGAGUACAUUCACACCGGAGAGAAGCCCUAUGUGUGCUCGACCUGUGGCCAGGCAUUCCGGCAGCAGACGUGCCUUAAGAAUCAUGGCAGAGUGCAUGAGAAGUCCAAGUGAUUAAUUCACAUAAGUUCUCUCUUUAGUUGUAUAGUACAGAUAGAACAAGAAAUAUAUUAUAUUUAU